CACUCUCAUUAGACGUAAUUUAUUUGACUUGUUUAGUGAGAACAAUUCAGAAUAUAGAGUAGAACCAUGGAAGAGAUCAAGAACCCCUCUGGAACUUCUCUUCUGGUACCAUCAGUUCAAGAGUUGGCUAAGGAAAAAAUUUCAACAGUUCCACCAAGAUAUAUUCAGUCUCAACACGAUGAAUUGGUCAUCAAUGAAGCUAAUAGUAUACUUGAAAUUCCAGUUAUUGAUAUGAAGAAAUUGCUUUCUUUAGAAUAUGGGAGUUUAGAAUUGUCUAAGCUUCACCUUGCUUGCAAAGAUUGGGGAUUCUUUCAGCUGGUAAAUCAUGAUGUUAGUUCUUCCUUGGUGGAGAAAGUAAAGUUGGAGACUCAAGAUUUCUUCAACCUUCCAAUGUCAGAGAAGAAAAAGUUUUGGCAAACUCCUCAACAUAUGGAGGGAUUUGGGCAAGCAUUUGUUGUGAGUGAUGAACAAAAGCUUGAUUGGGCAGAUAUUUUCUUUAUGACUACCCUUCCUAAACACUCUAGAAUGCCUCACUUGUUUCCACAACUUCCUCUUCCUAUCAGAGAUACUUUUGAGCUUUACUCAACCGAACUAAAAAAGUUAUCUAUGGUUAUUGUUGACUAUAUGGGAAAAGCUUUGAAAAUGGAUGAAAAAGAAAUGAGUAUGUUUUUUGAAGAUGGUGUCCAAUCAAUGAGGAUGAACUAUUACCCUCCAUGUCCACAACCAGAAAAGGUUAUUGGCCUAACACCCCAUUCAGAUGGAUCUGCACUCACUAUCCUUCUACAACUCAAUGAUGUAGAAGGGCUCCAAGUGAGGAAAGAUGGUAUGUGGGUUCCUGUUAAACCCCUGCCUAAUGCCUUCAUUGUUAACAUUGGGGACAUUCUUGAGGUUAUAACUAACGGAAUAUAUCGAAGUAUCGAGCAUCGAGCAAUUGUAAACUCUGAAAAAGAAAGAAUGUCAAUUGCAACAUUCUAUACUUCAAGACAUGAUGGAGAGAUGGCUCCUGCAAAUAGCUUGAUCACUGAAGAAACACCAGCACGUUUCAAAAGAAUUGGACUAAAAGAAUUCUUGAGGAAUAUGUUUGCUCGUAAACUUGAUGGCAAGUCUUUCCUAGAUGAACUGAGGAUAUAGCAUAUCAGUAAUUCAAGUGAUUGGAAUUGUUGCACUCUCAUAUGUCAAUGUGUGCUUCGUUACUAAUAUACUAUAAAGUAUGGAUACUCUUCGAAUUAAAAGUAUGAUCGUAUUAAUAUCAUUCAUACUUCUAACGACAAUAAAUGAUGUUGCUUCUUUUUGAUAUCA